AUGGGGGCCCUAUUCUUACCAAUAGUUGCUGCCAUACUUUUAAGCUUUGGAGAAGGUUCUGGCAGGGAUUCUAGUGGCACUAACCCAGAUCAAGUUCUCUUUCAUGGAAUCAUUCCUGUUUUAGUUGCUUCUGUGCUCUCUGGUCUGGCUUCUUCUCUCUAUCAGUGGGCUUCUCAGGUGAAGAAACACAGCUCAUGCUUCAUGACUGUGGAAAUGUCUAUAGUUGGAACCUGUGCUUAUUGGCAAGUAUGUCUAAGUCCCCAGAUGGAGAAGCCAUCAGACAACAUGGGUUUUUUCAUGGUUGGACCGCAUUGACUGUGGUAAUUGUCUCCUCUAUCUAAUUUUCUCCUUGAAAUACUAUUUGAUCCUUGGCCCAGGGAUACUUACUGUGUAAGCCUUGAAUUUGUACAAGUGGGGCUUGUGGUUCAGUCUUUGAGACCAUUGCUAUGAUGGGACGCACAGUGGAUGGACCAUGCCCCAAAUAUAGCAAGAUUGGGAAGACCCACUAACCCAAAUUUGGCAUUUUCUGUUGAAUUUAGAUUGCCACUCUAGUUCUUUCUUAGCCAUCUAUCUGAGGACACUA